CUUGUGAUUUGUCGUUUUGAUACUCGUUGGUCUCGUUGGUCGUUUUGCUAUUUGUUAACUUUUUACUUAUUACAAUAGUUACACAAAUUCUUACUUUUGUGGCAUAAUUUUCGUGUGCGUUUUAAUUCACGUUCUCCACAUCAAGCUAUGGCGUCAGGGUCCAAUUCCACGGGUCCGGAUUUGUAUAUCGAUGAAGUGUGGAAACUUACGAAAGGAACGGUCAACAAAAAGUUGGAACAAUCCGAACCUUUUAGGAUAUUUUUGUCUCCCGUAGAAUGCGAUCCAGGAACACACACUGAAAGACUAACACUAUCAUUUCCAGAACUUUUGGACCAAAGUAUCGGUGAUUUGACCGAAUCACUUCAUAUAAACUUCAUGGUUGAGCUCAACUGGCUUCUUGCUCAAUAUAUCAUGACUAAUCAAAAAAGGAAAAAUAUUACACUUUUAUAUGAACAUUGUGAUGAAAAUUUAAGUGAAUUAGAUUUAAAAAAUAAAAUUCCACAUGUAAAACAUAAAAAAAUAAUUAAUGAUAAUGCUUUUGGUCAUCAGCAUAGUAAGGUAUCAAUUUUUGCUUAUGCUGAUGGUAGUUUACGAGUUGUAGUCAUGUCUGCCAAUUUGUGUGAAGAUGAUUGGACCAAAUUUACUCAAGGAAUUUGGGUAAGUCCAAAGUUUCCAUUAAAAAAGAAGGAUAAUACGUUAGAUGGUAAUUCAAAAACUGAUUUUAAAAUAGAUAUUUUACGAUAUUUAAAAUCUUUUAAUGAACAAUUAUUAAGUCAGUGGAUAAAAAAAGUUGAAAAAGUUGAUUUCAGUCAAGCAAAUGUAUUUUUCAUACCUAGUGUUCCAGGCAAGCAUCAAGAACAGUUGUGGGGUCAUUUAUAUUUGAAAAGUAUUUUAGAAAAACAUGCUCAUCUACCAUUUCGUGUACCAUCAGAAUGGCCUAUAAUAGCACAAUGUUCCAAUCUGGGGUUUUUGGGUACUACUGAAAAUGGAUGGUUUAAAUCGGAGUUUAUCAAUAGUUUAUCAGCAUCUACUUAUCAUGAUCCUACAGUAUUAGACAGAUAUUCAGUUUCCUUCAACUUGAUUUACCCAUCUGAAAAAAAUGUUAUGAAUAGUUGGAAUGGACCAUUAGAUGGUGUCUGUUUACCUUACAAUAAGAAAACACAUGAAAAACAAAUAUGGCUUGAAAAAUACAUGUGCUCGUGGGAAUGCUAUUCACGAAAGAGAUCAAAGGUCAUGCCUUAUAUAAAAACAUAUUGCCGAAUUUCAUCUUGUUAUACACAAAUGUCUUGGUUUUUGUUGACUAGUGCUAAUUUAUUAAAAGCUGCUUGGGGCAGAAAAUUUAAGUCAAAAGAUCAGAGUAACUACAUAAUGGCACAUGAAGCUGGAGUAUUGCUCUUGCCUCAUUUUGUGACUGGAUCAGAAACAUUUUCUAUAGACAAAACCAAAACAAGAAAUUCACCAUAUUUCCCUUUACCUUUUGACUUGCCAUUAACUCCAUACUCAUCAGAUGAAAAGCCUUGGACUGUAAAAUAUUAAAUACAUA